GCUUCACCUGGCUGCAGUCAGGGAGGGUUGUUAAGGUGAUGUGGUGACACCUGUGUAGGCCUCAACCAGGCUACAAAUACAAGUCUGACUUCAGAGUCUCUUCUGCUCCCUCCUCGGCUCCACAUCUCUCCAGGUUUGGGAUCAGAGCAGGUUGUGCACCUUCUUAAAGAGAAGCUCCAGAGGUUUCCAAGGAUGGUGCAAAGGCGAUGAUGUUGGUGUCCCACUUUGAGGCAUCCAUUUAUGCUCCUGCUAUGGCACUUCUUCGUUGUGCAGAGGAUGUGACCCGCAGGUUAGCGGAGACCCUGCCAUGGGAUGGUCAGAGCAGGGAGCGCUUGCUCCUGGAUCUGGAGAGGCUAAAGGUGGAGCUCCAGUCUGCCGUGCACUUCAUUUUCAAAACCCACAGAACCGUUUCCAGCUACCAUCACUACUUCAACAAGGCCAACAGCUGGUACAGUCUGCUCCUCUGUGAGAACAUCCUUCAGGAGCUGCUGUCAGGAGUUGAUGUAGCUGGUGUUCCUACAGAACAGCACAGGAGGGUGACCUGGGAAAAAAGGGAGAAAAUCCCUGCAUGGAGACACAAACUGUCGACUUUCCUAAAGAAGAAUCCUCCACCAGAUACAGAGGGGCUGGUUCACCUGGCUCGUCUGUCUAAUGUCAUCCCAGAUGAUGCAGUCCAGCAGGCGGGGAGGCAGAUGUCUGAGCGGUGCAUGAUCCUGAGGAACCUUCUAAUUUCUUCAGGGCCUGUAAAUGUGGGUCACCUCCAGCUGGCCCUACAGUGGCAAUAUGAGUUGUUGUGGAGCAGCCAUGCAAAUCAUGCGGACAGUGCAACAAACAGAACCACCAUAGACUUUCAAGACAGCCUUUUAAAGUCCAACCUCACUAAAUGUGAGAGUGGUAAAGAAACGGCACAUCCUCUUGCAACAAGUCCUUUGGCAGAAGUUUCUGAGAUGGUGUCAGCUGCUGGUAAGUCCCCCUCCCUUAGUUCAUUUGACUCUGGCUUUGAUGGAGAUGGGAGCAGCCGACCGGAGGCUUGGAGAGGGAGGGAGGAAGUGGAAGGUCUGCCUAGAUUAGCUGUGAUCAGGGACUGUUUGAGACCGGCCAUCAGCAAUCCUCAAAUCCCUGGAGAGCACAUCAACAGUGUUUCAGAUCCUGUGGAUCAAAGAGCGGAAGCUGACAGCUCGGGGACGAGCAUCCAAAUCGUUACUGAACUAACUGAAGAUUCCCCCAACUUAGAGAUCAAAAUGAAGCUCUCAGCUGCACUACCAAGUAAUGUUUGGCUUGGUUCACCAGUAGAGGAGCUGGAAAACAUAGUAGUUAUCGCGCACAGACCCACAAUGCAGAAGACUGAUGCCUGCACCCACUCCAACAGUUCUCCUGUUCAACCCACAAAUAUGGAGGCAUCCAGACCACAGAGCAGGCACUGGAUACAACUUUCUCAGAGCAGUUUGGAUGAUCCUGAAUUAAGUCCCAUCCGAAACGUACUCUCCAGCACUAUUACAGAUAGAAGAGACGAGUCCACCUCCACCACAGAGGGGAUUCCUAGUCUUCUCUGGGAUUCUUACGAUCUUUAUGACCACAAUCAGGAUGCUGCGGAUGGGCACAUCCAUUGGCCACUGUGGAGCAGCGAGGACCAGCUUGAUGUGAUGUCGUACAGUGGGUUAACUGAAGCUGAUGUUUAUGACCUUGAAGACGACCUCGAUCUGGCAGAGUGUGAGAACCUCAAGGAAGCCAGAACAACUGGAUCUGCAAGUGACACUAAGGUUUCUGGAGAUGAUGGACACUGCAGUGAAGCUUCAACAGAAGCAGCAGCAUUUCACAUGUGGCCAGACCUGCUGACGCAGCUAAGGCUAGUCCACAUUCUGGACAUGGAGGAGCAUCUGAAGACCUUUGACCUUCAAUGCGGUGAAGAAACCCCCAACAAGGAUCUCUGUGAGAGGCCUUCAGAUAAAUCAUCAAUUGUGAGCAAAGAGGGGGAGUUAUCUUGGUUACAACUGGAAAAGGAAAAGAAGGAGGUGAAGCUUGAGAAGAGGUUAGACAAAGAGUGUGGAGUGAAGCACAAGGACAAAGUUGGAGAGGAUUUGGUUCCUGCUGUCACAGAGGCUGCAGGCUCAUGCUUCGGGGAUGAUCCAUCUGGAUGUAAUAGAACUACCUUAGAUAGUAUCUUUGAUUUAAAGCAACCUGCUGAAAAAACAAAAAACAAACUUCUGGGAUGUGUCUAUUGGAAAGAUGUGGACAGAUCUGGUGAAAAUGCUACCAUAUGCAAACCAGAAGCCUCUUUAAUCCCUGAACCGUGGCCAGAUGAUGGAGUGUUUGAUCCUGGUGGAAAUUCACCUCAUCUUCCGAUGCCAAGAAAAGCUUCACUUGCUAUGAACAAUAACCUUAGAGAACAUGAAUGUCCUUGUUCUUCAGCAGCUCGAGAUCCUGGUUUUGUGCAACUUGAACUACAAGAUAAAUCAAUUAAAUCUCAGCAAGAGAAUGUGACUCCAGCCAUCAGUUGCCACUUUAUCGAUGUGUCUGAAAUAACCCCAGGAGGUGACGAGGGGACACCAGCAAUGGAAAUCUGGACUUCAUCUCCUGAGUGCCCAGUUGAACAGUCAGCACCACAGCUGCCUUCUGACCAGUCUCUGGAGUUGGACCCUGGUGGAAGAGACGACCUGACUGAAAACUUGCACGAUGGUGUUCUGGCCCAGUUUAACAUCGACAUGAGAGAGAUUUUGGAUUUGUCCUUUGGUCUGGGAAUUCUCUGCUGCCUGGCCUGCAUAGGUCUGACAAGUCGGGGAGUGGUCGCAUCACCAGCGGGGGAGUGGUGGCGGCGGACCUUACCACCUCCAUCAGGCAGGAAGAAACUGCUGAACCUAGCCUGCAAAUCAUUUUCAAGAAAUGACCCCAAGACGGACUACUGUAAAGUCUGCCAGCCUGACUCCUGUGUAACGUACCACUUAAAUUUUAUUUAUCUUAUUCAGUGUCGUGGAUUGUCUGAGCCAAUAUAUAGUGGGGAUCUUGACACCAGCAGGUUUUGUGGACCUUCUGUUUGCUUUAUGCCUCAAUCUUUUGAGAUCCACCAAUAAUGGCAACAAUAAAACAUCUGUCUGUCAUAAAAUUAAGUCGAUCUUUUUAACUGUCCUAACUACCUAUUCUGUGUCUGUGUCCUGAGAGUUUAAGCUUUAUUUAUUUAAAUUUUACUUACAUAUGUUUUUGUGAUAUGGAAAAGCAGAGAUAUUAUAAUAUAAGCUACAAAUAACUCAAAUUUAAACUGCUUAAUUUAUGACCACAAUAAAUGUUCACUGCGCAUGAUGUAAGCCUUUCCAACCAUUACUGAAGCUGCUGAUAAGAUCCUUCAUGACAGACUGGGAAAUGGGAUUCUUGCCUCAGAUCUAUUGAAUUAUUUCUCAUCAGUUUGUGCACAGCUGUCCUGCAGCUCUGUCUGCUGGAGCUGGGUGGUUUGUUAAUGGUUGAACUUCCUGUUGUUGAUCUGAUCAUGGAAAACAGGAAAAUAUCUGUCACCAGCUGAUAAUAAGACACGUCCCACAUGUGUCAUUUUGACACUGGAAGCACAGACGGAUUAGGUUUAUGGUUAAACGCCAAGCAUCGAAGAUCGACUUCAGUCAAUGUCUGAAAACUUUGUGUCCAGAAUGAGCAACUGAGGGACAUGUGGAACUCUCUGUGCUCACUCCAAAUAUAUAUGUUAAUUAAUCGAAUAUCAAAUUACUGUAUUUAUACAAUUUGAAGUAAAUUUGAUAUAACAAUAAUAUUUUUCUGUUGGACAUGGUGAAAGCUGUCUUCAUUUUUCAAACUUUAAUCAUUGUAGCUGUUCAUUUCCACCAGAUUUUUGGAGUUUUAUUAUGACUUUUAAAAACAUGUCUUUUUAUUGGAAGAUAUCACUUGUUUUUCUUAAAAUGUUAGUUUUAAGAAAAGUAAUCCUCUUUUUUACGUGACCCUAAUACUCAAAUAUCAUGACUCAAGUUGAGGCAAAAGAUCACUGUACAAUUCGAACUGGAGAGGAGGGAAGGGAGGAUUUGUCGGAGUUGAAGUUGUCUCAGUAUUUCCAAAUGUUGGUUCUCCACCUGAGUUUAGUUCUGGUUACUGAUGGUUUGAAUGUGGUUUGUUAGAAGUAAGUGAUGAACGAUGUGAAGCCCAGUGUUGGUCUGGUAAUACCUUUUAUUUCAUCCUAAAUAAUCAGGUGAUGUAAAAUGCUACUGCUGCAGGUACGGUGUUUUCCUUUUGUCUCAAGUAGAGGUUUUCCUUCAUAUUUUGACUGCAGUGUCUUGAAACAUUGGUUGUGUGGGAUUUUUUUGCCACUUGUGCAGUAGUGUUUAUUUUUCUGAAAGGUGUUAGAAUGGUGCCAAAGCUGCUGGAUUCAUCUUGUUACCAUGAAUUCUGAAAAAUCUUUGAAAAUCGUCCAACCAUGUCUUCAUUCUUUUUCCUUUGCAUGAAAUUAUUUGUUGCAUGUAACGUUAGUUUGCACAUUUUUGCGUGAUUCCUUUGGCUGCAUGUAUUUUCUUCUAUAAAGACAUGGGGUUGACAUGUGACCUAACGCUCAGGUAUGUGGAGAUCAAUGAAAUGUGACUGAACUCCAAUGAGUCUUGCAACAGGGUAGAAAUGAGCUGCUCAGGCUGCUUUUUACUGGCUGUAACAGGCUCUUUUUGCUUGUCUAGACUUUCUCCUCCAGUAAAUAUACUGCAACAAUCUGGACUGACUCUUAGCAACUUUUCAGCUAAACCAUGUUGUUUGUCAUGAAUG